AUACUGCCAAAACAAGAUGGCGAACGACUGUGUUUGAAUCAUUUAAUAAUAAAAGUCCAUUUUCAUUUGCAGCCACGGCUUGAUGGUGCUAAAUAGUAUGGGAAACUAUAAUUAAAUGGAAGGGGGGAAAGUUUAAUAUGUCACUGGUAAGUGAAAUAGACGGUGUUAUCGCGAAAUUAAAUGCUGUAAAAGAGAAGGCUAAGCGAAGUUCAGCGAGGAUUGAAGAUGGAGUCUUUGCAAAAUGUGUUGAAAACAUCUACGGCCUUGUGGACGACAUGGACAAAUGCUUAAAUGAAAGAAUAUCAUGUGCUUUCGAUGAUGAUGUUCAUGAUGGUAAGGUUUUAAGGUAUAUACUUAAUUGUAUUAAGGUCUUUUAAUAUUGUUAUAUUGGAUCAUUUGUCAGUUGACUCAGUUUAUAUCAGCUGAAAUUCAAGCCAACGGCCAUCCAUUUCCAUUUAAUAUCAGCCCCCCCUCCCUCCCCUCUUCCCAGUUCCCGUUGCCAUUCCUUUAAUAUUAAAGGUGUGGAUAACCCAGGGUGCAUUCCAUGUAAAGUUGCAAACUCUAUGCCAGAGAUGCCAAUAUAUAUAAAAAGCCAUGUCAAAAUGGACAAUCAUGUGCUUUUCAGGCUCUCACAACCAGGAUACCCACAUCACCAAAGUGCUUUUCAGUGGGGUCCUGUAAUUAUAAACUUCAAUGAUCUAUUACAGUAUAACAUGCGUUAUUUAUACUGUAUUGUUUGUAUAUCUACACAUACUGUAACAUACAUUAGCACCUAACGAUAAAACUACAUAAUAUAUACAUUAUUUACGAUACAAUAACUUAUCUAAUAAUUAGUAACAUUAGACAAACAAAUGGGAUAUAAAGAAUAAUUGAAAGAAAGAAUCAGAAAAAUCGUCGGAUAAAGAGAGGGAGAAAGAUGAAGAAAGGAAAAUAGUGAAACAAAGGAAUUAUGCCAACAACUUUGAGUAAAUAUAUCAUGCCAAUAUGCAAUAAAUUUUGUAAUAGGAGAAAUCUGGCAUGUAGAUAUUUUAUCCCAAAUUCUUGGUUGCUUGUUUUAACUGUUAGAAAGUAUUGAAUAUUUUCCAGACACAAAAGUCUGUCAUGAAACAGUGAUCAUGUGAACAUCACUGAUGAUGUUUGUUCAUAGAUCAAACCCAAACUGUACACCACAAGUCAUAAGCAACAAAUAGAUUAUGAUAAAAUUAUGAGAUUUAACAUGGAAUCUCAGAAACAUGGGAUCUCAGAAACAUAUAUUCCCACCAUGUUUGUAUUAAUUAAUUUACCCAUUAAGUUGCAUUGCACCCUACUAUUCACCCUACUUUAUUAUUUACUCAGUGUCUAUCACAAGACCUUCUCACUCAUCAAUGGGGAGUGCUGGCACUCAAUGGGUUAAUCAUCUGUCUAUAUCUCAGUUAACCCAUCAGGCAUCAAUAAAAAUGUACUUGUGCGAGCACCACUCGCAGGCACCUUUUGAAUUUUUGCAGGCACAUUUUAAAAUAAUGACAUUUUAACAAUAUUUAGGUCACAAAAUCAAAAAAAGAUGUGUUUUUGCUGGCACAUGUUGAGUUUCACUUGCGGGCACCGAAAAAUCUUAAUGAGGCCUGCCCUAAUACACCCUACUUUAUUAUUUACUCUGUCUAUAAAAGGGGGUCAUUCCAUGUCAAAUCAUCAGAGGUUGUAACCCACAACUUUGGAUUUGGCUAAUUUUUUUGUCAUCUGUAGACAUAGGUAAGAAAUGAACGUAUACAAAGUUUGAAGUCAGUAUCUGAAAUGUUUAUUGAUUUAUGGCUGAUCAAAAAUUUCCCGAUUUUAGCGUUUCAGCUACCUUAAAUUUCACUUCCGGUACAACAUCUAACUUUGAAACCUCUUAAAAUCUUUUGUAUUUGUCCUAUUACUCUGCCAUUUCGCAUUAUAAACCUUUGUGGGAUGGACAAUCUAAAAACAUAUUUCAAAUAUGAUAAAGUAGCAGUAUACGCAAUAUUUUUGCCAAUAAAUUACGACAUCCAGUUUUCACAAGUUUUUGACGUCAUCGUUUCAGGGCAAAUUUUCGUCAUGUCUCUGACCAAUUAUGAGGUUGUGGUGUAUGUCAUGUGAAAGAACACACUUCAAACUAUCAGAAAACACUAAUUGAAGCAUUUGCAUAUGACAGAGACAAAUUGCAGCUAAGGUUCAAAAAACAUAAUUUAUAAGACAUUUUUCUGGCAUUGAAAAUAUAUAAUAAAUAAAUAUGGAAACAUUUGUUAUACUGAUGAAUAUAGCACACACAUUCUAUCUUUGCAUCUAUUUUGAGCUGUGGACCCUCAAAGGUUUAAUUUGGUUAGAAAUUUUGCAUUUAUGUUCCUGCAGUCUUGUGCAUCAAUAGUAUAUGUUCGACCCGUUGCAGUUACAGGAGUCUGAACUUGACAAAUUACAUCUGUUAUAGGUACCCAGCAUACAUCAGGUCUGUGUGGCCAACGAAAACUUCUUGCUAGUCCAGGCAGGUGUAGGAAGUUGAUCUUCACGUCUUGUUCCACUUUGUUAACCUCCUCCACAACACCAAUCCACCACUUCUCAUCGUAUCUGCAUGCGACAUACUCAUUAAGACGUAUGGCUUCUGUGGUGAUGUCUGGCUCUCCGGUGAUAUUGAAUGAACCCGUCAGGGCUCUCAGAAUUAUUCAGAGUAGGUGUCUGUUUUGAUAAAGUAGACGGCUGUAGGGAGGGGACGGUCUAGUUAGCCUUAAAGUCAUCCAAAUUAAUUAGGUACAUUGAUUAGAUAGCAACACAGCACAAAUUAUGAUGUACAGUAUAUCACUACUUUCAUUUUUGAACAAGAUUUAUUAUAAGAUGGCAAAGAACCAAAUCAUUUUUACGAAAUAGUACGUCGUUUUCGAAAAUAACCAGGCUAUACCUGUAAAUUAGUAUAGACCAAGUUGAGGAAAAUAACUUUGCUUGAAAGCUUAGAGUGGAGGAACGAGAGCAGAAUUGAUGUUUCAAGUACUAAACAAAGUAACCGGCGGUAUUUAAACCUCGUGCCACCCGCCGGAGCUCCGGUGGCCGCCGGGUAUUUUGAAAGCCCUGAAAUGCAUCAUCUUCUUCCGUACGUUUAUAUGCAAUGACAUUCGUACUUACUGGUAUAAAUAAAUGGUAACUUCUCCUUCCAGGUAUGGUGUGACCCAUGGCAGAUCGUUCCUUUAAUUCAGCUCUAACAUCUUCCAUUCUUUCCUUCGAAAUAUAAAUAAUUCUAUGCCGGGGAUGUUUGUCUUACAAAAGGCCAGCAUUGAAGAUACAUCCAAAAUUUGUUCCGAGUAAGGCCGUUGUAAGCUUGCUUGUACCGUUAAUCUCGUGAAUCUCGUUAAUCUCUUUCACGCCCCUCAUGGAAAUCAGCUUCGGUUGACGGGUCAGCGUGUUUAAAUAAAGUUUAUCUAUCUGUACCUCCAAUGCCGUCACAUGGUGAUUUGCCAUGACUUGUCGCAAAGAAAACCCAAGUUGCGUCAAUUCCAAAAUCCACUUUGUGUCGACACAAAUUUAACAUGUUCUUGUAGUUUUUGUAUUGGGCUGCACAUCCGUCAGAAAAAUACUCAACUUCAGUUAAGGUCGGCACUGUUUCUUUUAGAAUCUUAAGUAAUUCGCGUUAGAUCUCAUAAACAAAUUCAGUAUCAUGUUCUAGAUAGUCUGAAAUAAAACAACGAAUUUUGGGCAAGUUUACCGUUUGCUUUGUAGUAACCAACGGCAGGAUGCAAAGUACAAUAUAAUUUACUCCAGUGAAAUGAUUGAAUCUCGUCCUGUACCACGAAAGUAUAGUUUUCUGCAAAAUCUCCAAGAACUAACGCGUAAUCAUCUGGACGUCAUUCCUUUCUUCGCUUGAGGUAUUUGGUCUGACAUUUAGAAAUAUAGGAAUGUGACCUUAUGUUAUCAGUAGCCUCAACCAGCAACUCUAUAAAUUUGUCAACGCUCAAAGUUUGCGUAACCAUCAUCGAGCGAUCAGUAGUUUGCCAUUGUUGAAAUGUGACCUCUUCAUGUUCUUCCAGCCGUGUUUCAAGGUAUUCGCGUAGAAAAUCUGUCCCUGGACAUUUGUUGCACCUGUGAACCAUACAAGUUUUACUGUCACAGUCUGUGACCUGUCUUUGUGGCAUUAACUAAAAGUUUGGCGUUUUGGUGAAUUGUGCAUACGCAAACAGAAUGCCUGGCACUUGAGCCAACUGUAACGCACCAUUUUUGACGCAAUACAAAAUUUAGAAAACCCAAUCUUUACUUUACUUUACUUCUUUACUGGGUUUUUUUCUUUGAAGAGUACAUGCAUCUCUUUCAGGUUGCAUAAAAACGAUCGCUUUUGCUUGUGCACAUUCCGUUUAAUGCUCACAAAGUCCUUUUUACCUGGCAUUAAUACGCGAGUGUGCGUCAUCUUCAAAGAAUAACUGGAUUUUGUCUGUUGUGCUUGCUGGAAGAGGUUUACCACGGUUUUCCCCCUCCUGAAACCAGUUAUCUGCACAUAUGAUGUUUUAUGGCAAUCUCCUGGAUUUACACCAAAACAAAAAAAUGCAAUUAAUACUAUGUUCACGCAAUAACUUUUAUAAUUCCUUUACUUGUCACUCGAUGUGAAUUUUAACUAUAACACAGUUGUAUUAGACGCUACAUAUUUACCUUAUGAUUUACGACAUGUGAUUGAUGCUAUUGCUAUAAAUUUACAUUUCUAAAGAUACUAUACUAGUAUUUCACUGGAAUACGUAUUAUUGGUGGUCAAUACAGGACUCAUAAACUUAUUUAGCAUAUAAAUGGACCUUUCACCUUUUGACUAAAAUUUAGAUCUCAACAAGUGUACACAAAAACAUCACAACUUGAAAGAGCAUCACAAAAUUAGUAAUAUUCCAAAGUUUCGUUGCAAAAUGUUGUAAAAUGCGGAUAAUAUAGCCUUGCGAAGUUUGCCGUUUUUCAGUCAUUUUGUAUUACAAAUGGGAAAUACAGGGUGUAUCAAAAAAAGUAAGACAAUUUUGAAAUUGCUCUCAAUUCCACAAUUCUGUUCAUGAAAUGUAAUUUUUGCUAUAUAUGGAUUGCUUGAGUUCUUAAAUUAUGGAAAAUAUAAAAAUUUUUGAAAAUAAUAAAUUUUGCUAUCCAGGGGGGUGGUCAACUUUUGCUCCCCUAAAAGUGGCUUGCGCACGGAAAUGACAAACGGUAUUCUUUAUUUGAGUUCAUGUAUGAAAAGUUCGCUAUUUGUUGCAUUUAUGAUAAAAUUUCGGCAGGAUUUUACCGAGUACAAAUCCUCCGAAAAGCCUAUGAAAACGUUACAUUUUUCUCUGUUGGUGCUGUUCUUGCUUCAUUAUGAAUUCAUUUUUACUCCCAUGAGAGUUCCAUGGAAUUUCCAUGGAAUUUGUGCUUUCGAGUUGUUUGUGCUGAAACGCAUUUUCUCGUAUAAUACCCCGUACACUUUGAAAUGGCGAUGCCACAAUGUACCCCGCAGCACUAAACUUGGUUCGCCAAAGUUUCACGAAAGAAUAUCCAGAUGUACGAUGCGAAUACGUGAAGGUUUCAAAGUUAGGUGUUGUACUGGAAGUGAAAUUUAAGGUAGCUGAAACGCUAAAAUCGGAAAAUUUUUGAUCAGCCAUAAAUCAAUAAACAUUUGAGAUAUUGACUUCAAACUUUGUAUACGUUCAUUUCUUACCUAUGUUUACGGAUGAUAAAAAAAUUAGCCAAAUCCAAAGUGGUGGGUUACAACCUCUGAUGAUUUGACAUGGAAUGACCCUGGGCUGGGAAAAAUAGGGGGGUGGGUUACUAUUUUUGAGCACGGUUGAAGGGGUGGGUCAUCGAAAGUUAAGUGCAAUCAUAAGGGUGGGCCAUGUAAAAAUAUGCAGAAAUUGUUUUAUGGGCAUGUGUAUUAAAAUUCAUAUCAUAAAAUAGAAAUAAAACGUAAUCUGGAUCCAUGUGUAAAAUUUAUACCGCAAACGUUAACCUCAAACUUAAAAGCUGAAUUUACUAUCUUGGCUAAGGUACGUUAGUAGUGGCUAACUAAUUAAUUUUCUGAUAAUCAUUAUUGCUAAAUGUCACGAGCUUGGUGUACGAUGUUUAUUAUGUAACAAAAUUAGUGUAAUUUCUAUGAGAGCAUAGUUAAAUCACAAUCAUCGUUAGCGGUUUGGCGUUAGCUGUAAAUGUCAAACUAAAGGUCUCUAAUUAUGGGAAAGAAACUGCAUAAUGCAGUAUGCAUGGGAAGUUCCAUGCAAAGAAAGGCAUUUCUGUAUUUAAUUCAGGGCCUCUUUUAACAUAUACAGUAGACUGGGGAGGACAUGUCCCCCCAGCCCUCUUACUGGUCCCUCCAGUUGGUAAUUUUGUCCCCCCCCUCCCCUGUGAGGUUCCUAAGAACUACCUGCAGUAGGUUGUAACCAGCAAUUAUGUACACCAAAGUGAGAAAACGAUGUUAAGUUGUUAACCAUCAUCUAACUAUGAGUCAACCGAGUCAAUUGACUCGCUAGGCCAGAAUUUGGGGACUGAAAUUUAAUUAGUAAAAACAUAUUGCCAGAAACCUAAACCAUGACUGAAAUAAUUUGCUCGUGCAGAAAGGCAUGAAAUGGCUUUUUAGGACGAAACUCUAGUUUAGUUUUUCCAAGCAAAGAUAUUCCAAAGAGACCACCCUAUCUUGCUCUUCAGUGACACUGAGAAGAAGAAUGUGUCGAUUUCAAGUACCCCAAUACAUGUACUGUAGAAUUUGAAGUGUGGUGAAUGAUAAUACUAUACCACACACAUAUUUUAAUUACCGCAUCAUCACACCAUGUUGCCUUAAUGGGGCUGGAUUACAUUUGGGAGACUGUGAAACUGUAGUAAUUGUGUCACUGUUUAUGAGGUUAAUUUGUUGUUAAAAAACUCCUCAAAAUGCAGGAAAUAGCUUAUCUGAGCUUCAAGAAAUCCAAAAUUUUCUGGGGGGCAUGCCCCCAGACCCUCUAGAAGCUCGCACCUUCUGUGGUCAACUCGGUUGUCUCAGAAUCCUAGUUACAGCCUGAUCUGCUGCCCUAGCUAUGACGUAUACUUAUCAGUUAAACCAUGCAUAUAUAUAUGCUGGUAGCUGCAGUGAUACAGACUUGCCGACUGGAACUUCUCCAGGUCCCCCGCUAAAUAUGUCUGUCCCCUCCAGUUACACAUCCUUAAAGGAGGCCCUGAAUUUUAAUUGCACCAUUUGAAUAUAGCUAUUGAGUAUUGUAACAGAAUUAUUUGGCAACAGAAAAAUAGAAUGCUGGUAUCUUUUGCCUUUCUGAAAGGGUGGGUCAUAAUUUUCCAACACCAAUUUAAGGAUGGGCAACAAAUUUCCGUGCCGCUAUUAAGGGGUGGGCUCCCAAAAGUGCAGACCCCAAAUAUAUGAUUUUCCCAGCCCCCCUUUUACUUUAUGAUCGGUCCCUAAUGCAAGAUGUAUGUUUGCACUUAUCAAGGGAGGAAUACUGACACUCAAUGGGUUAGUCAUAGUAUCAUACUAUCUGUCUAUGUCUCUGGUUAAUUAACCCAUUAAGUUCAUUGUGCCCUGAUUAAUGCACCCUACUGUACAAUUGAACCUGUAUUAAGUAGUCACCAUAUUGGGGGUUUUGCAAAUGAUUAAUACAGGGUGAGCACUUAAUGCAUGUCUUAUGCAAAAAUACAUGUAUCUUGCACAUCUUACGUGUCAUUUAAUAUUUACAGGAUAAUAUACAGUAUAUCAAUAAGUAUUUGCAGGAUAAUAUAUAUCAAAUGAAUGGUGUUAUUGAGACCUUUUGAAAACAAGAGAACAACUGGACAUAAGAACAAAUACAAAAUCACUGUGGAAAAUAGUCUUUGAUUUUUGUUUGUGUGGGAACUUGUGGAGGACAAUAAACAAGGAUGGCACAGAAUGAGCCUGGUUGUUUCCACAUCAUUUUUACGGCUGUUAAACAGCCCCAAAAGCUUGCUCUUGAAUUGAGUUUUGAAACUAUAUUAUAAGAUGUAUAUGAUGUCAAGUUGCUCCCUGGUGGAGUAAAUUAACCCAAUGAGUGGGAGCACUCUACCCUAGAGGAGUAAAAGUGUCUAGUACAUGUUAGCAGAAUAAAAUAUCAGGUUAUACAGUAGGACUCAUCAGGAUGCCACUUACUGCAAAGGGUUACAUGUACCUGGUAAGUGUUCAGCUGGGCACAUUGCCACUUAAAGGAUUAAGUAUCCACUGAUAACUAUAGCAUCUACAUGUACGCAAGAUGAUAUUAAAUAAAACAAGUUCUGAAUAGAUGCCUCUUGCAUAUCCAAAUUUUUUAUCAAAAUACAAACAUUUGUUUUGAUUUUUAAUCUGUAUCUUAGAUUUUCAAGAUCUAUUUGCAAUUAAUGUUUCAGUUUACAACAAAUGCGAGUUGGCAAAUUGCAAUCUAAUGAAUGUUCUUUUUAAGUUGCUUGUACCAGUCGUUCGACUAUGAAAACAUCUGCAAGUCCAGUGUCUAAUCAAAAGUGCAAUGAAAUAUUGUCGGAGAGUGAACUAUCAGCAUUUGUUAAAGAUGAAAACAGCAUUUGUGAAAUUGAUGAUGAUGACUGGGGAGAUUUUGAUGAUAUUGACAAUUUUAUAUCUGAGGUAUACUGUACAUCCUCUACUAUAUAAGUAGUCCUUUCCUCUACAAUUACCCUGUAUCUUUAAUAAAUGUUCCGCCAAUGUGGAUUAUAAUGAUCUGCAAUUGGCUAUUUCCCAAACAAUUAAAACACUAAAUGGCUGAUUAAUUAUAUUCUGUACAGAUAUGUUGACCGAUCAGAUACUGUAGAGUACAUAGUUUUCUGAGUACUGUUCAAAAAGCAUGCAAGAACAAUAACACAAUGUUUUAUUCACGACAGACUUCACUCUGACGGGCAACAAAAGUUUAUGGUACCAAGUUUAUCAGACAUGUAUGUAGAAAAUUCGACAAGAAUAGGGACCAAGAACGUUUGUGUUGCAUGGAUUGUUGCUUACCAAGUGUGAUCAGUCAUGAUUGGUCAUGCGGGAAGUGUCAGCAUGACCAUUCAGUGUAAAUAUUGAAAAGCUGGCUGACCAUUUUUGACCAAUCCGGAGCAACUGCAUGCUUGAGCAGAUAUUUUUCAGACCUAAGCAAAAUUGUUAUAAUCCCCACUCAUGCCCUCUAUAAUAAGCUGCUUUCCCUAUAUGGACUCUUCUCUAAUAAGCCUCAUCUCUAAUAACCCACUUUCCAAUUAGGCCUCCUCUGUAGUAAUGCCCACCUCUCUUAUAAGUAAGUUGCUUCUUUUAAGCCCUCCUCGCUAAUCAGCCUUCCCUUGAAUUACCCUGUGUCUAAUAAGCCCUCUCUGUCUCUAUUAAACUUCUAUCAGUAAUAAUCCUUCCUAAUGUUCCCAUCUCUAAUAAACCCCCUCUAAGAUGCCACCUCUCUAAAAUGCUCCCUCUCUAAGAUGCCCCCUCUCCAAAUAGCUCCCUUUCUAAUUAGCCCCUUCUCUAAUAGGCCCUUCUCCAAUAUACCCAUCGUCAAUACGGCCCUUCAAUAAGCCCCCUCUCCAAUAAGCCCCCUCUCCAAUAAGCCCCCUUUCCAAUAAGCCCCCUCUCCAAUAAGCCCCCUCUCUAAUAAGCCCCCUCUCCAAUAAGCCCCCUUUCUCCAAUAAGCCGCCUCUCUAAUACGGUUUUGAUAGUGCUAAACAAUUAAAAUAUGAAGUAUUGAAUAAUUUCAUGGAGGGAUAGCAUAUUGCUGCUUGGAUACUGCUUAAAAAAUCCUGAUUUAGGCCCCAGUUGCACGAUACCGGAUUCGCAUCGGAGCGACAUCAAAUUUUACAGUUUCAAGUUUUUGCACUCAAAAUUAUGAUAAUAUAACAGAGUUAGUCAAAAACCUGAAAUAUGAAAAGUUGUAUGAGGCCGAAAAGUGCUCGACUCGCUCCGAUGCGAAUCCGGUAUCGUAUAACUGGCGCCUUAUAGCACUGUCAUGCAGUUUAACAUUGUAUUUGGAGAGUAAUCUAAAGUGCUGUAAUUAUAUUUGUUAGGUUGAUGUGGAUGAAUUAUGUAACAGGAGCAUGCAAGACAGCAAUCAGAGCUCAUCUCCACCAGACGUACCUUCUAGUAAGUUCAGUUAUUAUACAUUCAAAUUUUAUUCUAGUCCAUGAUUGGUCAGGAAUGCCCGGCUGAUUCUCCGCCGGAGUUCGGGCCAAAAGUUGUUAUUGCUUGCUGUAGAACCUAAAUCCCCAGUGUAGCUUGUAGAAGAUUUGCAGCUCUUUUAAAAAGGAAAUUAGACUUACCAAAUUUACCAAACCAAGAAAGAUAAAUUGAGUUUUGAACUUUGUGCACAAAGUUUUUUCCAAUCACAUAGAGUAUAUUUACCAAUAUUAAGGCCCAUUUCCACUUGAGAAAAUUUCCCACGGACAAAGGAUUAUCCGAAAAUAUCAUUGUUACUGUAAAACUUGAAAAUUUUCAACUUUCCAUGCGAAAAAUUUGUAUCAGUCAAUCACAUUUUACAAAAUUUUCUUUCUGCGGUAAAUUUUCCUGAGUGAAAAUGGGCCUUGUGAAGUUAGUUCUUUGCAAAUAUUUGAAAUCAAUAUGAUGAACAUCACAGUUACGAUAUAUAUAACCUCGUAUAUAAAUAUAACUAUUGUGAAUCACAACGAAGGCAUGAACCUUAUAUCAACAUAUCAACAAGGCGAAUACUUUUCGGUUGUCUGACGUAUAUACCGGCGAUGCACCCCCUAAAUAACAUCAUAAAUCAAAACACACCCAUUUUAGUCGACUCUUAAGCGCUGUCGCCCUUGAAGAGUAAAAUUGUCUGGUAUUAGACAGUGUGUAUAAAUAAAGUAUAAAUAAAGCAAGGCGCAAUGCAACUUAAUGGGUUAAUAUUGUUAAAGCAUGAAUAUGAGCAUACUGUAAUGUGGGCAUCUAUAUAUACUCCAUAUAGAACUAAUUGUAGAAUAGUUUUGUACAGUAGAUGGGAAUUUCGAGUAUAAUUUUAUACAUUUAUUUAGACCUAACCAGGAACAGUUGCGAAAAAUGCAACUAAAGUAUAGGCCCUCUAGUAAGAAUCGAACUUGUGGCCCUGCGAUUCCGGUGCAGCGCUCUAACCAACUGAGUUACAGAGGCCAGUUGUCGAGCUUUAACCACAAAUUCAUGUAUCAGUAUAUACUGUUUGUUCAUGCAAUGUAAGGUCGCAACUGUACCUAGUUAGGGCUAAAUAAAUGUAUAAAAUUUAUACACUCGAUAUUUCCAUCUACAAAUUUACAUUAUUUUACACAUUAUAUCAUUAAUCAGCUGACUCUCCAUUGGGGCUUUUCAGUUACCGAUUAUACAUGAAUGUUACUUACUUAUUUACGUUAUUGUUACUUACUUAGCCUAGACUAUUUAUCUUUUACAACCAUUGAUAUAUUACUUUCCCAACUGUGUUCAUCUUAACCCACCCUGCCAACUUGCCCUGUGGGAGGAAACAGGAGCACCCGGAGAAAACCCACUACUUUCGGCAGAGCGUUGUCUGACUCUCUUCACAUGAGUCCGUAGUGAGAAUCGAAGCCACGAUCUCAGAGGUGAAAGACGCUUGCUCUGACGAUUGCGUCACCGAAGCCCGUUCUAAUAUUAUCAAUGACGUUUUACAGGCCCAGAAGAAGAGAAACCAGAAGCAAAAUACACAGAUUUUCUCAAGACAUACUUUGGUCAUUCUAACUUCAGACCGUAAGUGCUAUUGAUCGUGCUAAUGCUGCAUUGUAUAUAUUAUACCAUUGAUAUUCACGGCUCACAUCAGUUUUACGCGCUUCUGGUAAGUACAUUUUCCGAAGAAUUUUCAACAAUGCGUUGCUUUUGACAUUUCAACACAUUCGGGAAGUGUACUUGCCAAAACCAAGCGUAGAAAGGCCUGUUAGAUGGCGUGAUGGCAGUUGAUCGUUGUAUAGUAAUUAUAAACCACUUUUAUUCACGGUAAAGUUAACGGUUUCAGCUCUGACAUGCACACAUCGAAAUAUUUUCCUCAGUGAGCUUCUCAGUGAGUGUCUUAAUGGAACUUAAAAUUGAUGUACGGAUAUUGUUUCGCAAAGCCUGGUUUCCAUAUGGUCGUAAUGGUCGUAAAAAUAGACUCACGAUCUUUCUCAACGGCCAGUUUAUGUACUGCUUAAUAAACGAGCAGGAGUGUUUUAUUAGGUUUAAAGCCACCAGCGCGCAGCGCGAUUGGCUUUAGACAUAAUAAAACACGACCUGCGAGUUUAUUAAACGGCUUCAAACACGACUACAAAUUCAAUAGAUAUGCUGCAUAUUAGUAUUCUUUACAGUAUAUAAAAAUACUAAUCAGGACACGACUACAAUAGAUACUGCCUUAUUAGUAUUCUUUAUAUAAAGAAUACUAAUUAGGAGUGUUUUAUCAGGUUUAAAACCACUGCACGUGACAUACUAUGGUUGACAUGAUUUGCCAAUAAGCUUAUGAAUUAUUAAUGAGUGUUUGAAAUGGAGAAUAGUACAUGGAUGCGCGGAAAUACCAGAUUUAUUUCGAGUGUUGAACAUGAUAUUUAUUAUAUAAAGGACAGUCUUUGAAAAGCGAUAAUUUUUACAGAAAAGCGAUAAUUGAAAAGCGAUAAUUUUCACAUGUGAGAUUAUCAUAAAUAAUCUCACAUGUGAGAUUAUCACUUUUAUCAGUGCUCGAAAUCGCUAUAAAGCACUAUGCUUUAUAUAAUAAAAUAGUUUAUUCAGUAUACAAUACUUGUGAAUCACAUAUAGAUCAUAAGUAUUCUCUAGUUACUGUAUAUUAAUUAUAUCUGCGCAUUUUCAGUUCUAAAAUGUUGUAUUUCGGCUGAUGUGAAAGAUUGUGACUCGAUCUUUACGACCGUUACGACCAUAUGGAAACCAGGUUUUAACGGUUUCAGCUUUGACACACAUCAAAAUAUUUCCCUGAGCGAGCUGGAACUUAAAAUUGAUGUACAGUAUACGGAUAUUGUUUCGUAAGGCCUGGAUCAAACGAGAAUGAGAGUUGGCAGUCACGCGAUCUUGGUUAGUUGGAACACUCAUCUAACCUCUAUUUUGUUAAUCUAGAGCUUGUCCCUUGUAACACUGCGUGACUAUCAACUCACGGUUUGACCGAGGUCUAAAGCUAUUUCGAUAGCGUGAUACAUACCUGACUCUGUACUAUAUCGUUGUAUCUUAAGGUAGCGAGCAUAGGUACAAACCAAGGCACAAUUCUGGCUUUGUGUUUAGAGUACAUGUAUCACUAUUGAAUCAGGUGUCUUUAUGACCUAUUUUAGGAUGCAGUGGAAAAUAAUUAGUUCAAUUAUUGAUAAGAAAAGAGAUGUCUGUGUGGUCAUGUCUACAGGUUAGUGCAACGAGCUAUACCCAGGGACCGGUAACAUUGCAAGGCUGUAAAGAGAAUCUUAGCAAAACCAGAAAACCGGUCUAAAUACCUACUAAUCCAGUUUUUACAAACAUGUUCUAAUUUGCACUGCAUAUAUCUGUACAAAGGAAUAUAAAAUUUAUUAGCAAAAUGUUUAACAUUUUGAGUCAAAAUUUGAUCCAUAUUUGAGCUCUCUCAAGAAGAGGUGCAUGAAUAUUCUGGGGAUCGUGCAAAACGAUCGUCGGGGAUCCCUCUAUGUAUAUUCCUGGUAUAUCGAUAAGGUCAUGGCAGGAUCUAGUCUGUGCAUGUAACACCUUAUUGUAAGUUCUGUGACACAGGUUAGGCAGGAACUUAACGAGGAUUUUGCAAACAUAUUGACUGAUUCGAAAACUAGCUAACACAGUUUUGCAUUAUUUUAUAUUUCAUGCUGUACCAGGCUAACAAAUAUUUUUUCAACAAAGGUUGUCAUGUAAGGCAAAGUGUACAAGUUUAAGAUUGAAAACAAUCCAUGCAAGCGAACUUGUAACCCUUUGAAAUGUACAAAAACGGACCAAAACGACGCUAGUCAGGCUGGUACGGUAAAUUAGCAUCAAACGUCGGUGUUUUUUACAUUCAAUUUCUCAAAGAGAAUACAUGGAAUUAUAUUAUUUUAUCCUUUGUGAAACUUUUACUCUUGAUGUACAGUUUUCUAUAAGGCGGCAGUGAUUACCAUGGUUGAAAUUAAUUUUAAGAGAAAUUGAAGGACAACCGCCUUUCGAAUCGGCCAGUGCCCUAAAUUGCAAGAUCCUAAAGCCGGUGUUCCACUAGGUGCAAUAUUGCGUGCAGAGCGAAGUCUUUCUUUGUCUUGUGAUUUCUCGGGUGGAACAAAUUACAAAAGACAAAGAAAAAUUGCGCGAGGGCGCAAAAUUCCGUCUAAUGGAAAAACCUGCUUAAAGGACAUUGGCAGUAAAAAAUUAAUUUGUCUCAUUCAAAAUACUGUAACUGUUAAAAUUAUGUAUUAAACUCUAUUACCGAUUUGUCGUAUCUUGUUUAGCUCUCGAAAUAUUUAGCCCGAAAUUAAUGAGCUGGGGCCGGUUGUACGAAGGUCGGAUAGUGAUAUCCACCGGAUAGUGAUUAUUUCAACCUUUGUAAAAUGCUUGAAAAACUGUGAAACUACGGAUAUAGACGACACAAGAAGUAUAAAAAACAUUCAACUUACAAGCAACGACUGAUUUAACAAAGCUUGAAAAAAUCACUAUCCGGUGGAUAGCGCUAUCCGGCCUUCGUACAACCGGCUCCUGUCCGCCAUCUUGGACUUAUUCUUUACCUCAUUAACUAUGGUUUUGAUGACGUCAGGAGUUGGGUUUAUCAUAUAAAACCACUCUAAAAUGACCGAGUAACAAUCCAAAAUUGUUUGAAAUGUUUUUAAUCAUUUCUAAAUUUCAGACAGCAACCAGAAACGAAGGUUUGGACCCAUAUUGAUCGUGACCCCUCUCUUGACGUAACAUGUAUAUCCUCUAUAAUCCAAGAUGGCGAAUAGCUCACUUUUUUCAGUCGAAAUAUUUUGAAAAUUAAGCAAGAUAUAAACAAUCUGUCAUAGUGUUUAAUACAGUAUAUAAUUUUAAGAAUUUUUUCAAAUCAACCGAACUUUAUUGCCAAUGUUCUUUAAACGAUAUUACUGGAUCAUUUUUAAGAUUUUUUAUCAUGAAUGUCUUUGGUACGUGUAGGUUAUGGUAAAAGUCUAUGUUAUCAAUACCCUGCUAUUUAUACUGGAAAAACUACAAUUGUUGUCUCGCCACUUAUCUCGCUGAUGCAAGAUCAAGUACAGAAACUGGAGUAAGUACAGUAUAUCAACGCUGGAUAGUUUUCUCAGAUUUAAACCGUUCAUCCUUUCAUUUAUAAUUUAUUUAACUUUAUAACUACGGUAACAAUUACAAGAUUAAGACUAAAAUACGCAGUAAGGAGAGGCUAGCAACCCAAGCCAAGCCAAGCCCAUGAUCUUUAGCCCAAGGUCAAAAACAAGGCAAGCUUUCCUACGAGCACACAUUACAUUUAUAUAUAAAAAAGAAAAACAAGGACAAGAAAGAAAAAAGAGAAAUAGAGCUAGAAACAGCUGUGACAUGCUGAUGAUUAGAUUGUUUGUGACAUUUUGUGCACAUAGUACGCCAAGUGCAUGUAAAUGUCAUGGAUUUUAAAUCUUGCUGUAAAACAUUCAACUAAGUAUUUUCGAAGUGAUAUUUUAAACGAGUUUGUUGAGGUCCAGUAUAAGGGCCAAGCUUUCAUUGGCAGGGAUGCAACUACCUGAAAAUAUAAAGAGAAUUUCGUCGUUUCAAGCGAAGGCCCUUCUGAGAGUUAUCCCUCCAGAGUUAAGCUCAUCGCCAGUGCUAAGGGCCAAGGAUUUGGAAAUUAGCGGAAAACAUUUUAAAAAGAAUUUCACAAAUCAGAUUAGUGUUAAGUUGCUCAACUUAAUGUGUGUGAUAUCUAUUAUACUGUACUUUAAUUUGCCAAUAAUAUAAUUAUGAACUGUGAACUCAAUAUGUGUGUUGUUACAUUUAUUUUUUGCCAUUUCUUAAUAUCACAAAGACCAAAAAUAUAUACUGUUGUUUUUGGUGUUACUCUGAGUGUACAUCCACACCGGGCAAGCUGAAAAGAUUGCUUGACCACGGUGGUAAUCGAACCCGUGACCGUUGGGAUACUAGUCCAAUGCUCUACCAACUGAGCUACGAGUCAAGUCGGUUCGAGUUUGUAAUAUUUCGGAACAGAGUCUAGUUCCUUGAACUUCCUUCGAUAUUGACCUCGUAGCUCAGUUGAUAGAGCAUUGGACUAGUAUCCCAAAGGUCGCGGAUUUGAUUUCCACCGUGGUCAGGCAAAUUUUUUACUGUAGCUUGCCCGGUGUGGAUGCACACUCAGAGUAACACCACAAACAUGAUCAUAUUCACCUGAGACCAACACACACAAAAAGUACAGUAUAUACUGCAUGUAUAAUGUACUGUUGCUGUAAUUACUGUUCUUUAUAUUUUGUUUCAAAUUUCAAUAUCUAUCUGCUAUCUGACCAGAUUAGCCCAUAAGUGAUUAUUUGAAUCAGACUGUUACACUCGUUGUUUUGUUACUGCAACUUAAGUUUAUGUAAUUUUCUGAGUGAAAUAAAGGUUAGAACUCAAAGUCAGUUCAGACCAUCCCGACAAUUUUAGGAAGAUUGGAAAAAUCACUGUCAGGCCUUCGUACGACGCUUCGUUGAGUAAUCAGAAUAAUCCAGAGUGAAUUGUUUUUUACAGAGUGUUCAAUAUACCUGCAUGUUACCUUGGCUCAGCUCAAUCUAACCAUGUCUCAUUGAAAGCUGGUGUUAUGAGGUAUGUAUCAUGUAUUAUUUUGUAUAAUACACCGUUCCAGGAAAGUGCGUCACUUCAGUUUUCGUGUAUGUGAUAAUAGUUAAUAGUUAAAAGCAUCAAUCCCGAAAACGAGGCUCAAUAUAGUCCACGUGACGUACUGUACUUUCCGAAAGCGUGCAUUAGUAGAAAAUUGAAAAGACACGAGAUAUUUCCACCAAUACACAUGCAGGGCGUUCAAAAUAAGCUGGCGGCCACCGGAGCUCGGACGGGUACCAUGAGUCUAUAUUGUUUAUAGUACUUGAAAUAUCAAUUCUGCCACCAUUCCUCCACUAAGCUUUCAAACAAAGUUAUUUUUUCCCCAACCUGGUCGGACUACUUUAUAGCCGGGUUAUUUUCCAAAACGACGGACUAUUUCGUAAAACUGAUUUGCCAUCUUAAAUGUUGAAGUUAUCUUGUUGAAGAAUGAAAGUAGCGUUAUAAUUUGUUUACAAAGCUCAGUUUUGUUGUGUUGUUAUCUAAUCAAUAUUACACUGUCUAUUUAAUUCGAAUGACUUUAAGAUUUCCUAUACCGCCCCUCCCCACAGCUGCAUGCCUGCUUUUUCAACACAGCCACCAACCGAGUAAUUCUGAAAGCCCCAAUAUAUCUAUUUCAGAGGUGAAUAUCGGAUUGUGUAUGUCACUCCAGAAUAUAUUACACUGGAUACUGAAUUUCUUCCAAAUGUGCAAAAAAAUGUUGGUAAGUUUAAAAUUACAAUUAUGAUUACUACCUGAUUUGCCAAACAUUUAAAAUAUUGAAAUAGGGAUGGAAUGCUAGAGACCGUUUUAUAGAAAUCACAUUGUUCGGUGACAAUUAGCCUUUCUCACGGCCGAUUUUCCCGCCAUUUUGGGGUGCUGCCUCUCGCACGUUUGAGAGACUCCGCACCACGAAAUACAACUUUUUAGUAUUGUAAUUGUUUGUAUAAUUGCAAAUGUACAAUUACAACUUUUAAAAGUGGCUUUUCGCGUUUGAAUUGUCUAGAAUCUUUCACGAGGGCAGACAGUACCCCAAACAUGGCGGAUUUUGGCCUUCACGAGAAAGGCUAAUUCGUCUUGUGACUGGCGACGUAUAUUCGCCUCCAUCUCAAGGGAUGGAGGUAAAUUUCCUAAGGGGGGGGGGGGAUUUUCUGUGAUACUGGACAUGUCCGGCCGACUCGGCCACUGAUAAUUUUUUUGUCUCGCAGUUAAGCGUUUUUUUACGACAAUCCAUCUACUUUUGAUAUUCAUCGACCAUGUGCACAUGACAUGUGGCUCACAAUGAUGAAUAUAUUUCUUAUAUUGGAUAUUUUCCCCAUGCAUUAAUCCGUUGUGUGAUUGAACGACACAGUUAAAACGUAUACAAACGCUAUCAAAGGAAAUGCGUAACAGAUGAUUAGAAUAUAAAUUUGCCAAGUAUAAAUUUGCCAAGUAUCGAAUUUUUCUGGAAUAACGGUAUAAUACAUAAAAUUAUCAAUAUUAUCAAGUCGUGCCUGACAGAAAAGUGUCUUGUGCGGUUGACACCGAUAUAUAUAUAUAUAGCGGCCGGUGUUGGUAUUAGAGAGGUGUGCGUAUUAGAGAGGUGUGCGUAUUAGAUAGGUGUGCGUAUUAGAGAGGUGUACGUAUUAGAGAGGUGUGCGUAUUAGAGAGGUGUGCGUAUUAGAGAGGUGUGCGUAUUAGAGAGGUGUGCGUAUUAGAGAGGUGUGCGUAUUAGAGAGGUGUACGUAUUAGAGAGGUGUGCGUAUUAGAGAGGUGUGCGUAUUAGAGAGGUGUGCGUAUUAGAGAGGUGUGGAUAUUAGAGAGGUGUGUGUAUUAGAAAUUGGACCAUGUUAUUGAGGUGUGCGUAUUAGAGAUAUAUGUGUAUUGGAAAUUGUAAAUGUGGCCACGUGUGUGUAUUAGGGAGGUGUGUGUGUGUGUGUGUGUGUGUGUGUGUGUGUGUGUGUGUGUGUGUGUGUGUGUGUAUUAAAGAAGUGUUGUUCUCAGAGAGGCGACGUAAGGAGAGCUUCAACAGUAACUUUGUUUUGUCAGGUAUCGUAUGUGUAGCUAUUGACGAAGCACAUUGCGUCUCACAGUGGGGCCACGACUUCAGAGUGUCUUACAGAAACCUUGGAAAUAUUAAAACUAAUUUACCUGAUGUAUGUACAUGUUUUUUUUAUUGUUUGUUUUUAUACUGAUUUUACUGCAUUUGAUAUUCCAGUAAUUUCAUCAAUUUUACUAUAGCAACAUGCUUUACUCGCAAUAUGCUUAUAGCAAGCUUGCAUGUCAACAAGUUGUAAUAAUGCCGCUAUUUUAUCAAGCUGCUACAAGCUUGUCAAAAAACGCCCCAAAUAGAAAAAAUCCCAAACUUGACCGUCUGUAAUUGCCGUAAUGUAUACUUUACCCAGUCCGUGCAAGGGUUUAUGGGAAUUGACUGAACUAUAUAUAGGCCAACACGACAGUUUCUCGUCAGCAUUUUACUCCAACCCUAUAGCUGACCUGGUGGUAGCUUUAUUAAUCUCACAAAUCUUUCGAUCCAUCAUCCCUGAUCUUUGUCAAUGUGGAUAACAGAUUCUUUGCGAUAUAGACAAAUGGUGAAGUGUAUUCGAAACAUUAAGUCAAGCCCGCUUCCUUAUAAACUACAAUCACGGACAUAACUGGUUGAGACUAUCCCCCUCCCCCUACAAAAUUCGCAUAUCCCUUAUGAAAAAUCCCAUGUUGAAUCAUGUUGCGCUUCUUUAACCCACCUCUCCCAACUCAUUGUUGAGCUUGUGUCAUGGUAAAUUACCGAAAGUUGUUUCGACGUUGUUUACAACAUUGAACUGGGGAGACAGAGUUUGUUUUGUCAAUGUUCAAUAAAUUUGCAGUAUUGGCUGGAUUGGUCUCAAGGGUUUUGUCCCAGAUUGUAGAAUUAAAGUAUCGCUAAUGAAGCAAUUGGGUGUUUAGGUAGUCAUUGUGGCGUUAACAGCGACAGCAACAGCCACGGUACAGAAAGACAUCUGCUCUAGUUUGAAACUGAAGAAUCCUCUAGAAGUGCAGACUAGUUUUAACAGGUAUUAUUCUGGUUUAUUGUUUAGGAUUAGAGAUCGCGUGCUUUAGAGAUCGCGUGCUUUAUAGUGCAUGCGCUUGAAGUACGUGGUGGGAGGCUACCAUGGGAUUAAGCUACUGCUCAACAUACAUGCAAUAUUAACACUGACAAUCUGACUUAUAAUAAAUAUAUCUUACUCCACGAGCUCCACUGCAUGCUCCACUGCUUUGCGAUAUAUUGGAGGUAUACGAAUCGUGAGGGGAUAGGGUGAGUGGCGACCUCUCAUCAAAGUGACCGACCCAAUUCACGAUGAUUCGAUCUUAAGAACAACCACAAGCAAGCUUUCCUCCAACGGAACGUUCUCCAUCCUGGCUUGAUUUGCACGUUAUCUUGUAGACGUGGAUAUUACGCGUAAAAGUAUAGACACAGCUUUGAAAACUAGUUACGGAUCUAGUCAAAGUUUGUUGCAAACAACAAGCUUGUAACAAGCUUGUCAACAAGUUGCAACAAUGCUGUUAUUUUAUCAAGUUGCUACAAGGUUGCCGUCGCUCUCAACUUGGUGGCAAAUUGUUGAAUUGCGGGACGAUAACAAGUUAUUGGAACAACUUGUAACAAGGCUGUUGAGCUCAGCAACCUAGUUGCAAGUUGUCAACAAGCCUUUAACAACUUGUCAACAAGCUCGGAAAAAGCAGAGCGGACACAUCCUGAUAAUGUGAGUUUUUACAUGUGUAGGACUCGACCAGCCCAUACUGAGGAAACCAAUGAUUCAUAGAAAACCCAUUACUCUCGCUGGUAAUCAAAUAAACGUGGCGGACAACGCUACAGUCGUUACCUUCCCCAACACGGUUAAUAAAUGCAUUAGGUUUGACUUUUUUUAUCCACUGAUACAGUAGCUGAUAUUUUAUUAUAAAACUAAAUUUACUAAUUUAAUUUAAUUUAAUUUAAAACUUUAAAUACUGUAUUUAACUAGUGAUGUAUAUUUAACUCCUUUUUUCCAUUUUUCAAAGGCCAAAUCUGUUCCUUGAAGUGAACAGGAAGACAUCAUCGGUUGCACACGACUUGAAAUCUCUUCUUAUUCAGAAGUCCAAGUAUGAAGUGUUUUUAUAUCAAAAUAUUUUUCUUGCUUUACUGUAUAUGCUAGCGAAGAACUCGACCCUUUAAGCCAUAAUGUGCGGAAAGGAAACAGGUGGGAAAAUUUGUCCACGCUUGCGCCUUCUAAUUUCGUGGACCUCGAGCGUAAGAAUUUUCCUGCAAGAAAAGAUGGAAAAUUCUAUGUUUCCUCGGGUAACUGCUAAAGUUUUGUGCAAAAAUUAUAAAGAACUGUAUCGAGCCACCUUAAAUCUCAUUCUUCAGAAUAACUUGUCGAAUUUCAUGAAAAGAAGCACAUUCUUGUAACCUGUAAACUUUAGGUUUAAACUCUUCUGAAAUGAUUCCUUUGUGUGUUUCAUUAAAGAAAUGGAGUUCUGAAAUCGCUGUCAUUAUUUUCUAGACGCAAUCUGAACAAAUCAUUUGAAGGUUCUACCAUCGUUUAUUGUCCUACAAAGAAAGUAACCGAAAGUGUUGCGGAUGAGUUGAAAGGUUAGUGGAAAAUAUUGUUAUCAUAAUCAAAAUCUGAAUCGCUGCAAUAACCAUGGGGUCGCCGUAACCUGGGAAACCUGUGGCGAAUUCCCUGGCGCUGUAUGAGAUCAUUAAUUAAAUCAUUAAACCAGAGGUCGGUAGUAAGAAGGCUGGAUAGCGCUAUCCACCAGAAUAUUUGAAACUUUCUAAAAUUGUCUCAGGUUAAUUGGUAUAACCCAAAUAAACCUUAGUACUUACUAAUAUAUUUAACAAUAAUUCAAUUUAGUAUAAUUACAUAGGUGAUUAUUGAAAAUUCUCCACGCUGAUUGGUUACCGUUGAGGUGAUUAUUACGCGAUAAUCACCUAAGCGAUUUUCAAAAUGGCGGCCGAAGCCUUUUUGUCAAUUAAAAGACGAAGAAAUGUGCAUUUUUAAUUUUUUUUCCAAAUAAUCACCCAUGAAAUUAUACUAAAACAAUUAUUCACCUCAGGCUCGGUGAUUAUCGUGAAUAAAAACCUCGACUUCGUCUCGGUUUUUAUUCACCGAUAAUCACCUCACCUUCGGCGAAUAAUUGUUAAAUAAUUAAUUAUAUUCUAUUAUUAUUAUAAUUAUAUUAUAAUUAUAAUAUAAUUAAUUAUAGUGGAAGGAUUUGAAUACUCGUUGGGAUAAAUGACUGUAGUGUGAUUAAGAUAAGGAUUUUGAACCAACUUCGCCUAAAAACAAGGAUUUUCAACCAAAAAUCUCAAAAUUUCCCACAUUAGCAAGUGUGCCCCCAAAACGGUGCUGCAGCUUGUUCGGCCGCGCUACGUACCCCGUCACUCAACACCUCCGAACUCGCCCCUCCCCCGAGCCAAAUAUGGAAAUCCGUCUAUGCACCGCCACUGAGGUGAAUAAUUGUUUUAGCAUAUAACACAAUGAAAAAAAAUUGCUCGUAUGUAAUCAGAACGAAUUUUGUUUUUGUCCGGAGGUGAAUAUAGUGCAAGUAUACCUGGAGAUGAGCAACCAAGCAAAUACUCGAAAAGCACUAUCCACCUCCCAAGUCAGGGCUUACAGAAUUAUUCUGAGUAGGUGUCUGUAUUGAUAGAGCAGGCGGCUGUUAGGAGGGGGGCGGUCUGUCUAGGGGGUCUUAAACUAGUGUAUAUUGAUUAGAUAACAACACAACUGAGCUCUGUAACCAAGUUAUAAUGUAUCACCACUUUCAUUCUUCAACAAGAUGACUUCAAGAUUUAAGAUGGCAAAUAACUGAAAUAGUGUACGUCGUUUUCAAAAAUAACCAGGCUAUAAAGUGGACCAGGUUGAUGAAAAAUAACUUGAAAGCUUAGAGUGGAGGAAGGAGAACAGACUUGAUAUUUUCAAGUACUAAACAAAGUAACCGGCGGUAAACAUCGUAGCACUUGCUGGAGCUCCGGCGGCCGCCCGCUUAUUUUGAAAGCCCUGCAAGUAUCGCUUUUCAAGCUUUUCAAGCAUUUCCACAACAGUUGAAAAUAUCACUAUCCAGUGGAUAACGCUAUCCGGUCUUCGUACAACCGACCCCAGUCGAUUAAGAAAAACCAGCCUGAAAUUUAGGCUGUACGCAAGCAAAUACAACAACCACUUCUUGCUAACAAAGAACCACUUGUGGUUUGCAUCUGUACUGAGAUAAAAACUGUGUUUCCCCAAGGUGUUGGAGUGAAUUGUGAGGCAUACCAUGCAGGACUAUCUAAAGAAAGACGAACACGUGCUCACUCCAUGUUUAUACGAGAUGAAGUACAGGUACUGAUCUUAAUAUUUAUCUAGAGUGAUACGGGAAUUUUACAUAGAGAAAUUCCUCGGAUCGUUUUGAAGGAUUUGUAAGAAAUGCUUGACGGAAUGUGAAAGUUAAACUAAGUUAAACUAAAAGAAAAAUUAAACGUUGUCAACAUAUUUUAGUGUAUCGUGGCGACAGUGGCUUUUGGGAUGGGCAUUGAUAAGCCUGAUGUGAGAAGUGUCGUACAUUAUGGAGGUAGGAUUACUAUCUUCACUUCAGUAAUCUGUAUCACAGACCUAACGCUAUUAGUAGUAUUGUAUAUUUCACAUAAUUUCACGACGUAUAUAAAGUUAGACGUAAUAAAACAUUGUAUUAUACAUUAUAUCAAAAAAUAGGUACGCCCGGCGUACAUGUAUCUGCACAAAGGAACUGCAUGGUUGCUAUGAAAAAAAUUUCAUUCACAAUUAUUGAGUAAACACUUAUCUUUCCUGAUAUGACAAAGAAUGUUCAGAUUUUAGUCUCUUCUUUACCCCAAUCAACUCUCAGAAAGCCACCUUUUUGCAUCUACUGAUUUUUAAUCAGUAGAAGCAUUGUCAGGAGAAAUUAGAUGACGUAUCGAUGUAAUGAAUUGCGAGCAUAGGAUUGCGAGCGAAAUUCGGUUAUCUACGGUUGAUUCCGCUGUUGUCCAUUAAUGGUUUUGUCAAUAACACGAUUGCAAUACGAAGAAUGCCGUAUAACUGCACGAGAGGAUUACGACUUUGUAUGUUCAUAUCUUCGGUUCAGUGCUAGGUUAGUUCAGUGCAUGCUACGAAGACAAUAAUAUACCACCAUUCGAUUCAGUGAAACAAUAUGAACUAAUUCUUUACAAUAGUUUUAGUCAUUAUCAACAUUGUAGUGGUUUAUGGCCUUUGAAAGUCAAGCGAGAUAUAUCAUCGUAUAUUAUCAAAUUACGCAAUUGUCUGAACAAAAAUAUAAACUAGCCAUACGGCCCAUACCUUUCGUCAAACAUAACUUCGGCCCCUUUGGACGUAUCUUCUUUGCAAUAUUCCUGUUCGAAUCAUUAUCAAUAACACACGGUGUAGAGUGUUUAUAUUUUCGAGCUUGUAUCUUCAAAUUUGCAUCUUUUAGUUUUAUCGCGGUAUAAUUCCUAUUUCUGGCCUGACUGUGAGCUAAUACCAACCGGAAAUACAAUUUUAAAACAUCAGCAAUGCGACGUUUGUGCUGUGACUCUGAAAAUGCUAUAAAACCGAUUCCAAAGAUCGGAGUGCACACCUGUAUGUUUUUAUCUGCUCAAUGCCUUUUAUUUCCCGUUGCUACUAUUCAGUAGAUGCAUGUAGGCCACAGCGGACCUAUGUUUUAUAAUUUAAACAGCAGGGUCCGGUUGUAUAAAAAAGUGAUUAAAGUUAACUAUAAUUAAGUGCAAACAUCAUCCAAUAACAAACGCCUAUUUGAGAGUUAAUCACUAUUUAACUACAAAAUAGUGAUUAAAAAAGUGAUUAAGAGUUUUAUACAACCGGCCCCAGAAUAGGAGUUAUAUAUGAAAUGGGUAGAUAAUUGCCGAGGCAAAAAAAAUAUGUGGGUUUCCGGUUUCCCGACCCUACCUAGCUUUUGGACGCCGAAAUCCCGACCCUAAACUUUUUUAUUGGAUCAUGCUUAUAAGUGUUUCCACUUAGAGGAAAACGUUUGUGAAAAUGGAAAUUUGAGGCAAUAUUAAGGAAAUUUAUCUUUGAAUGUGGAAGCACUGCCUAAACGAAAUGCCGUCCUGGUGAUUGCUAGAAAGUAUACUUCAAAAUAAGGUUUCCGUUUUUAUAACGUAGAAAAAUCCAUUCUGACGCAAAACUAAACCCUAAUACUAACCCCAACCACAAUCCCAAACCUAACCUAACCCUAACCUAACCCGAGGCCGAACUUAUUUUAAAAAUUGAUAUAAGAACGGAAACCUUAUUUUGAAGUAUACUAUCUAGCAAUUGCCAUGGCGUCCGGUUGUUAGGAAAAUAAAAGUAAAAGUUAAAAAAAGAGUUAAAACCGACUUACCCUACCUAAGUUUUUACAUUAGAAAUAGGAAACCCACAUAUUAUUUUUGGCCUGAGGUAAAUACUGUAUCCAAAUUUAAAUUGAUUUAAUAACAUAAUUAUGUAUGCUAAUGAAACAUACAAUCUGUAAAGGAAUUUUUAUUUUUCUCAGCCAAUCACAGUCCGCCACUUCACCGCGGAAGCGAUGCUUGCCAUAUAAUAAAAUACGUGUUUCACCGAAAUAUAUCUGCCUAUCAUCAGGCAAUAUAUAUAUAUAUAUAUAUAUAUAUAUAUAUAUAUAUAUAUAUAUAUAUAUAUAUAUAUAUAUAUAUAUAUAUAUAUAUAUAUAUAUAUAUAUAUAUAUGAGACGAUGGAUGUGGGACGCAUGAAUAUAUAUACGACAAGAACGCCAUUCAACCUAAUGGCGUUCUUGUCGUAUAUAUAUUCAUGCGUCCCACAUCCAUCGUCUCAUUGUUGGUUGUAUAAAUACUUUUCGGAUGAAAAGCUCACUAUCAGCUACACUGCGCUGACGAGCCCCAAAAGGGCGAAACAGCUGUCCGCAGUUGCUGGUAGUGAGCUUCGGGCAUAUAUAUAUAUAUAUAUAUAUAUAUAUAUAUAUAUAUAUAUAUAUAUAUAUAUAUAUAUAUAUAUAUAUAUAUAUAUAUAUAUAUAUAUAUGGCGCUCUUGUCGUAUAUAUAAUUUAUGUGUCCCACAUCCAUCAUCUCAUUGUUGGUUGUAUAAAUACUUUUCGGAUGAAAAGCUCACUAUCAGCUACACUGCGCUGACGAGCCCCAAAAGGGCGAAACAGCUGUCCGCAGUUGCUGGUAGUGAGCUUGGGGCACAAUUGCCUAUAGGCCUUUGCGCUGAUUUAAAUCUGUGACAUGCAGAGAUCAUGCGUAUUAGGUUGAAUGGCGUUCUUGUCGUAUAUAAUUUAUGUGUCCCACAUCCAUCAUCUCAUUGUUGGUUGUAUAAAUACUUUUCGGAUGAAAAGCUCACUAUCAGCUACACUGCGCUGACGAGCCCCAAAAGGGCGAAACAGCUGUCCGCCGUUGCUGGUAGUGAGCUUGGGGCACAAUUGCCUAUAGGCCUUUGCGCUGAUUUAAAUCUGUGACAUGCAGAGAUCAUGCGUAUUAGGUUGAAUGGCGUUCUUGUCGUAUAUAUAAUUUAUGUGUCCCACAUCCAUCAUCUCAUUAUUGUUGGUUAUACAUAUUAUAUAUAUAUAUAUAUAUAUAUAUAUAUAUAUAUAUAUAUAUAUAUAUAUAUAUAUAUAUAUAUAUAUAUAUAUAUAUAUAUAUAUAUAUAUAUAUAUAUAUAUAUAUAUACAUAUAUAUAUAUUUAUUUAAUCUUAAAAAUGGUAUAUGUUGCUACUCAGAGUUUCAUGCAAUUUCGCAAUCUUCAGGCAACUGUUAUUACAAGUAAGUUCAGUUUUGUUUGUUGACGCUACUCACUAACGGUUUGCUGACGCAUGCGUUCGUUGGUCGCGCACGCUCUCAAAUUUUCCCGCGUGGAAUUUCUCUGCGUGGCGGCACUUCGCGAAUAUUUCCGAUCUUCUAUUAAGGGUUCUAUUUGCCUUUAAAAGGCACAGUUUUUCAUGUAUAUAUAUAUAUAUGUACAUGGUUACAGUACUUUAAUUUGCACAAUUUUCGGGGCGCGGAUGCCCCCAAAUCGCUGUGCGGUUCCUGUGUAUAGAAACACGACAAUCCAUUUACCUUCAAGUCCAGAAUUUGGAGUUGUACAAUCUGCAACAUAAGACACUCAACUUAUGAAGCAAUCGCAUAAUUCUAAGAUGUCCUGUGACUAAUGUACCAUAUUAAGCACUAUAGUUAAAACAUGAGCAGCCAUUCUUUAUCUGGUAUACAAACUCGAGCCGAGGGCGACAUUUUGUACAUCAGAUAAAGAUCGAAUGCGAAUGUUUUAACGUGCUUCAAAAACGACCCAUUUUAUGAGUUCAUUGGCGAAGUAAUUUUAAAAAUAAACUUUAUCUAAGCCGAGGAAAUCAAAGCUGAAGUUUAUGUAAAUCAGGCCAAAUCUUUAUGCAAUUUCCAACAUUGAUUAAACAUUCAUUUCUUUUGAAUUUUCUUCAUGAAUUAUUAAUGAGUUUUUUAACAUCCAUACAUAAUUAGUAAUAGACAAUCGAUAUUAUUAAAAAAAACAUGCACGGUUACUCACGAGAAAGCUUUAACAUCCCGAUGUUACUUCGGGCAAUCUUCUAGGAUAUAACAAAAAGUUGUUUUUUUAUCGGACAAUUUUGACUUAUCAACAGUCAAACAAACAGUUUCUCUAUACAUAGCAACGCCUCGUCAGCCUGUAGAAACCUCCAUAUUUGUUUUGUUUAAUUUUACGCCCUGUUCGCAGGCGUACAUCCUGUUCUCAGCCGUAAUUCCUUCGACUUGAGUGUUUAACGCACGCACAAAGCACACACAACUCGAUAGAAUAGUAUCUAGCGCUAGCACAGAUGCAAAAAGGAAUAACAAUUCUACUUCUCCAAUCCCAGAACUCUGUUCCUCGUUAAUUUCAAAAACAGUAAUUCAAACAUCGUCUUGGCCCAGGAGUAUGACCAAAUUGCACAUGUAUGAUAAUUUACUAAAUUAAACUAAUAUUAUUUCAGCUCCGAAAGAUAUCGAGUCCUACUAUCAAGAAAUAGGACGAGCUGGCAGGGAUGGGUAGGUAGAAAAUGUACAACUUUCAAAUAUAGUUCAAUCAGACCCAGGCCUCGAAUUUCUCUGAAAUCAGUCGACGGCAAUGGUGUUAAAAAUUGCUAUAGAACAUAACAGCUGUCUACGCCAAUUUUGGCAGUUUCCACGGCAUUUUUCAAAUUACUGAAAUAAAAAUGUAAUUUUAUUGUUACUUUGGAUUGUUGAAACAUGUUUGCGUAUUUCUUUAGUGUUUUUUUUUUCGAAGAAAACUGAGACUAAAAUAGUAAUGUAUGCAUGAUUUGAUCAACAUUUGGAUUCAAGUAUCAAAACAGUGAAUACUAUAAAAAAUACAUUAUACGGCAAAACAUUGCCGUCGUUGCCGCAAUGAUCCACGGCAUUUGGUUCUCCCUCCACGGCAAUUGCCGCGAUAAAAUUCAAGCCCUGUUCAGACCACUCUUUUCUUAUUUGGUUGGGUUACAGAUUUCCCGACCUCGUAUUUAUUUUGCGAGCAAAUAAAAAAAUGCGCGAGCCUAUGCUCAAAAGGUUCAAAAGUUUAUAUUCUUCUAAUUAGAUUGACUGUCUGUAUGCUAUGUUUAUUUAUAUUUAUCAUGGCUUAAAAUUUUUACAUUUUUGCGUAUUUAUGAAUUUGUUGCAAUUGUAUUAUUUUGUAGGCUGCCUAGUGCAUGUUAUGUCUAUUACAACACCUCUGAUUUUGCUCUUAGCAGGUAAGUUGAGAUUUUUAUUUUGAAAGCUGCCUAAAACACGUAAUUUAAUUGGUUAAUGUGUUGCCAGCCCUUGAUUAUUGGAACCCGAACCACCUAAAAUGGGCUUAUAAAAACCUUCACACACGGUGGCUUCCGGUAUGGAAUACUACCAACAUUAGACUUACUGUAGCAUCAUUAGUGUCACAUCAUUAAUAUCGGAUCAUUAGCGUCAGGUCAUUAGUGUCAGGUCAUUAAUGUCGGAUCAUUAGUGUCAGAUCAUUAGCGUGGUAGAUUAUAGUAUCAGAUCAUUAAUGUCAGAUCGUUAAUGUCAGAUCGUUAAUGUCAGAUCAUUAAUGUCAGAUCGUUAAUGUCAGAUCGUUAAUGUCAGAUCGUUAAUGUCAGAUCGUUAAUGUCAGAUCGUUAAUAUCAGAUCGUUAACAUCAGAUCGUUAAUGUCAGAUCGUUAAUGUCAGAUCGUUAAUGUCAGAUCAUUAAUGUCAGAUCAUUAAUGUCGGAUCAUUAAUGUCAGAUCGUUAAUGUCAGAUCGUUAAUGUCAGAUCAUGAAUGUCAGAUCGUUAAUGUCAGAUCGUUAAUGUCAGAUCGUUAAUGUCAGAUCGUUAAUGUCAGAUCGUUAAUGUCAGAUCGUUAAUGUCAGAUCGUUAAUGUCAGAUCGUUAAUGUCAGAUCGUUAAUGUCAGAUCAUGAAUGUCAGAUCGUUAAUGUCAGAUCGUUAAUGUCAGAUCAUGAAUGUCAGAUCGUUAAUGUCAGAUCGUUAAUGUCAGAUCGUUAAUGUCAGAUCGUUAAUGUCAGAUCGUUAAUGUCAGAUCGUUAAUGUCAGAUCGUUAAUGUCGGAUCGUUAAUGUCAGAUCGUUAAUGUCAGAUUAUUAGUGUCAGAUUAUUAGUGUCAGAUUAUUAGUGUCAGAUCAUUAAUGUUAGAUUAUGAGUGUCAGAUCAUUGGUGUCAGAUCAUAAUGUCAGAUCAUUACAGUAAUUGUAGAUCAUUAGCGUAAGAUCAUGAAUGUUAGAUCAUUAGUGUCAGAUCAUUAGCGUCAGAUCAGUUAAGGUCAAAUCAGUUAAAGUCAGAUCAUCAGUGUCAGGUCAUUAGUGUCAGAUCAUCAGUGUCAGAUCAUUAGUGUCAGAUCGUUAGUGUCAGAUCGUUAGUGUCAGAUCAUUGGUGUCAGAAGAUCAUUAGUGUCAGAUCGUUAGUGUCAGAUCAUUGGUGUCAGAUCAUUAGUGUCAGAUCAUUAGUGUCAGAUUCAUUAGUGUCAAAUCAUUAAUGUCAGAUUAUUAAUGUCAGAUCAUUAGUGUCAGGUCAUUAAUGUCAGAUUAUCAGUGUCAGAUCAUUAGUGUCAGAUCAUUAGUGUCAGAUCAUUAGUGUUAGAUCAUUAGUGUCAGAUCAUUAAUGUCAGAUUAUUAAUGUCAGAUUAUUAAUGUCAGAUCAUUAAUGUCAGAUCAUUAAUGUCAGAUUAUCAGUGUCAGAUUAUCAGUGUCAGAUCAUUAGUGUCAGAUCAUUAGUGUCAGAUCAUUGGUGUCAGAUCAUUAGUGUCAGAUCAUUAAUGUCAGAUCAUUAAUGUCAGAUUAUUAGUGUCAUUGUUGCGGUGCCCAAACGAACUUUGAUAUCACUGCAUAAUUUUUCUUUGUCUGUUAGUUAAUAAUCAUAAGCCUUGAUAUUUAUUAAAAAUUAACUUGUUUUCGCGCUUGUGAUGCACUUGCUUUGCGCAUGGCCAGGGCGCCACACUGUAGUAAUAUGUCCGCAGCAUAGUUGAUUAUUUACUGUUGUUAUCUUACUCCCCAACAGGCAUUUUGCGUAUGCAAUCACAAAUGAAAAAUUCAGAAAUCAUAAACUUGCCAUGAUACAGAAACUGGAGCAGUAUUUAAACACAACCAGUUGCAGACGAAGGUAGAGUAUAGUCAAGUUGUCACAUGGGGUUAGGGCCACCCAAGUGGGUUGGGGUGGAGGUGGUUGUUUGCCCCCAGGGCCACCAAAUUUCUGAUAUCAACAGGCAUUUUGCAUAUGCAAUCACAAAUGAGAAAUUCAGAAAUCAUAAAUUUGCCAUGAUACAGAAACUGGAGCAGUAUUUAAACACAACCAGUUGCAGACGAAGGUAGAGUAUAGUCAAGUUGUCACAUGGGGUUAGGGCCACCCAAGGGGGUUGGGGUGGAGGUGGUUGUUUGCCCCCAGGGCCACCAAAUUUCUGAUACAAGAUUGCUUAAAAGCGAGAAUAUAAAUCCACAGUGCCGGAUAAUAUGCGAUAUAAUGCGUAGUAUUUGUAAAACACCGUUUCUCCCGUUUUUAUAAUCAUAUGCAAUUAUGAAAUCGAGCCUUUAUAAAAGCCUCUGCGCUGAGCAGAGAGGAGCUUCAAUUAAAAUUCUGCAAAAUACGUGUUUGCGAUUGAUGUAGAUUGUUUGUUUAUGAAAUAUUAAUAUGAGCGGCCGUGUUGAUAUACAAACUCGAGCAGAGGGCAAGCUGUAUUACAGGUUGAAUAACGUAAGGAUUUCAACAGUUAACGAAUUAUUCAUACCGAAGUGAUUUUAAAUGAGAAAAUGGUGGAAAAUUUUGCGUAUGCGGGUAAUAACAACGCAACCCAAAACAUUGAUUUCUUGAUGAAUUAUUAAUGAGUUUUACAAGAACAUUUUUAGAAGCUGAAACUUUUUUUAUUCCAGGCAUAUCCUUUCUCACUUUGGAGAAAUAUUACCACAGGAGAAAAACUCUGAAGAAGAAUGUUGUGAUAAUUGUCAGAGAAGGUGAGAAAGAUUUCUCUUAGUUAACGUCAUCGUCUUCUUUACCAGAAUCGCAAUUCCCCCUUUCCGGAAA